GUCAGCGGAGCUCGUCGGUAAUCCGUUUCUCAUCCCGCAGCCAUGGCCGACAUCAAGACUGGAAUCUUCGCCAAAAACGUCCAGAAGAGACUGAACCGCGCGCAGGAGAAGGUACUGCAGAAACUGGGGAAGGCAGACGAGACAAAAGAUGAGCAGUUUGAACAAAUCGUCAUCAACUUCAAGAGGCAGGAGUUUGAGGGCUCCAGGUUACAGAGAGAGAUGAAGGCCUACAUGACUGCCAUUAAAGGGAUGCAGCAGGCCUCCAUAAACCUGACAGAGUCUCUGCAUGAGGUUUACGAGCCGGACUGGCACGGGAAGGAUGACGUCAUGAUUAUCGGGAAGGAUUGUGAUGCAUUAUGGGAAGAUUUCCAUAACAAACUAGUAGACUCCACACUCCUCAACCUGGAUGGAUACCUCCUGCAGUUUCCAGACCUCAAGAAUCGGGUGGCCAAGAGAAGCAGGAAGCUCAUUGAUUAUGACAGCGCUCGCCACCACCUGGAAACCCUGCAGGCUUCUGGAAUCAGGAAUGACCGCAAGAUGAUGAAGGCAGAGGAUGAGUUGAAAAAGGCUCAGAAAGUUUUUGAUGAACUAAAUGUUGGUCUACAGGAUGAACUGCCCACCCUCUGGGACAGCCGGGUUGGAUUCUACAUCACCACAUUCAAGAGCGUCACAAGCCUGGAGGCCAGGUUCCACCGCGAGAUCUCUCUGCUGUGCAAGCAGCUGUACGAAGUGAUGACCAAGCUUAGUGAGCAGCAUUCUGACAAAAUGUUCACCAUCCAAGGAGCACCAAGUGAUUCAGGACCUCUGCGGCUUGCCAGAACCCCGUCACCCCCAGAUGAUGAAACUCCACCUGAGAGUCCAGACGCCAGCUCCAACCACAUGCUCCGGCCUGUCUCGCCGGGCCCACCGCGGCCCAAAUCCCCGUCCCAGCUUAAAAAGGGACCACCAGUGCCUCCACCCCCCAAGGUCACACCUACCAAGGAGGUGGCACAGGAGCAAAUCAUUGACCUGUUUGGAGGUGAAUUUUUACCAGCACCCUCACCAUCACAGCCCAAUGAAAGGCCUGGAGAAUCUCUUCUUGACCUGGACUUUGAUGCUUUCCAACCGGAUGAGAGCGUGUCACCCAUACCACAGACGGCCCUGCCUUGGGAUGUGUGGUCGGGAAAUGCCCAACCAGCGCAGCCUCCAGACUCUGGGUCUCCGGGUACUGUGGGUGUUGAGGAAGGGGCUCCCAGCUUUAACCCUUCAUUCCCUGCAUUUCCUGAGCAGGCCACAGACGCUGGCUUCGUUGCUGACUGGUCUGCCGACUUUGGCUCAGCGCCAGAAAACGGAGACACUGCCUCAACGGCCCCAGAGGCCCCUGCCACAGGGCAGGAAGUGGCUGAAGCCUGGCCCCCAACAGAUGGCGGGGAGCAAGUGGGGGACACAGCCAUGCCCCCACAGCCACAGGACAGUGAGACAGCCACACCAGCUGCAAAUGAGGUUAGCAGCUCGGACCCCAACUCCCAAACUAACCCUAACCUUCAUUUUGGUGACAAAGCCAUACAACGGGUGGAGGAGCAGCAGCCACCUGAGGCAGAGUCAGAGGAUGGGGAGGUGUGGACAGGGCAGGCAGAUUCAGGGCGAGAUGAGCCGGGGUGGGAGAAUCGCCGGAAGUCUACCCCAGGUUUAAUAUUCACCAAUGAAUAUGGCGAGCAGAUUGAGGAUAUGACAGAGGGCGGAAGAGACAGGUGGUCUAGGUCUCCAGAGGGUUCUGCCUCUGAAUAUGAGACCUGUGAAGAGUGGGCUGAUGGAGGCCAAGGUGGUGGCUGGGCAAGUGCUGAUGAUGAACUUGCAUCUGAAAAAAAUCAGCACAUGACUGCCACUGAACCUGCACAAGGAGGCUUUGUGGAUUUGGCUAGUAACGAUGCACAGUUUGAUGCCUUUGCGGCAUGUUGGCCUGAUCCAGCAGGGAAAGAUGCACCAGAGCAACGGAGCAGUACUGACAACUCAAAUCUAAGUGCUUCAGCUCAUCAAGGUUCACCUGGACAAGAAAGUGCAAUUGCUUUCACAUCUAACACCUUGACUGAGAGCCUCUCUGGCUUUGCAGAAAGUUCUGAGGGAGGAGGGCUUAAUAUGGACAUUCACGAGGGAGGGGGUUUUGACAAAGAUCCUUUUGCAGAAAGUGAAGGGGCAGUAGAGGAAAGUGUAUUUACAUCAGAUCCCUUUGCAGAAACACAGGAAGUAGUAGGGUUUAACUUAGAUCCUUUUGAAGAGAAGCAGCUUGGAGACACAGGGGGUGGUUUCAAGUCUGAUCCAUUUGGGGAGGCCUCAGAGGAUGGUGGGUUUGUGGUCAGCUUCACCACAGAUCCCUUUGCUCAAACACCUGCUGCAGAAGGAACAGGGUGGGGAGACAACCUUUUUGUCAACAGUUUCCCAGCAGCCUCUUCAGAGACUGGGGAUGCCUCUAAUGCUGGGUCCUGGCAGGAAGUCAGUGACAGCAGCGGUUUCUUCUCUACAGUCAGUCAGGAAGACUUUGCCUCCUUCUCUGGUGCAGAACCAGAAGAGAGAGUGAAAGACAAAAGCAUCCCCAGAGCUCACAAAGACCCUGAAAAUUCAGACAUGUCCGAAGAUGAAGCUGCAAACCGGAGAUUUGGAAAGUUGUACCAAGAGCUAGAUACAGAAAAGGAAGAGGUGACCAAUGCAUUCAACGGAUUUUCACAGGAUGCAGCCACUCCAUCAUUUUUUGCUGAUUUUGAUAAGAUGAAUGAGGCGAGUGCCGAGGCUCCUAAAACCGCCGAGUCUUCAGAGGAGCCUGCAGCGCCCCCUGUUGGCGAGGCAGCUGAGCGCGAGGAAAAGCCUGCUUCGACUGCGGGGUCGCCAGUGGAGUCUGCUGCCACCGAGGGGGUGGAGCCUGAUCAGAUUCCUCCUGCUGAAGAAACGUCUCCCUGUGAAACAGCUCCAUCGGAAUCAGUUAAAACUCCAGAGGAGAGGAAGGAGAGCCCUGUGGACGAAGUCUCGGCCUCAGCAGAUGUCACUCAGUCUCCUCAGGAAGAGACUCUGGAAAAGAUGCCCAUCCCGUCUGUGGUGAUUGAGCCUGCCUCCAGCAACGAGGGCGAUGACGACCGCGAUGCAGACAUCAUCUCACCCACCGCCGUCAGCGACAAUGGCGUGACGCCUGAACAUCAGGUGGUCAAAGAUGUGCCGUCCUCUGGGAGCCUCCCUGAUGGCUUUAUGUACAAGGUGGAAACGAUGCACGACUUUGAGGCUGCAAACUCAGACGAGUUGGAGCUGAAGAGAGGUGAUGUGGUUCUGGUGGUUCCCACCGUCUCAGCAGAGGAUCAGGAUGCUGGUUGGCUCACGGGUAUCAAAGAAAGUGACUGGUUAACACUUGGCAUUGGUGCCCAAAGUGGACUUUUCCCAGACAACUUUGUCCAGCGCCUGGAGUAACAGGCUGAGCCUGGUGUGAAAAGGAAGCAAAAGGGACACGGAAGCCUGAGCCUCCGGUCAGCAUGUAGCCGAUCAGUCUGCUGAACUAUCUGGCCUGCAGCCUCGUCUGCUGCACUCAACCAGGCUGUCUCCAGCAGAGGAAACUCCACAAUCUUAAAAAUAAUAUCCACGUAAUAGUAAAGCAAAUUAACAAGCAUGAUGCUUAGUCUGGUCUACCCUCCGUUGAAACUGAUUUUUUUUCUGUUUAAAAUCUGUAAAGAUAAAUGAUUUGUUCCUUGCUGGGAGUGUGGUGGUUUCCACGUUAACCCCAAACAAGACUGGCAGAUUUUGUCCCAAUGGAAAAACAAAACAAAACAAACAAACAAACAAACAAAAAAUACAAAAACAAAACAAAACAAAACAAAAACAAAAAAAAACAAAAACAAAAACAAAAUAUGAUCGUACCCUCUCUGCACCAAGUGUAUUGUAUUGAUUUUGUUGCUCUGCUGCGGAAUAUAUCAGAAUUUGUAGUGCUGUGAUCUACUUAAACGUUCUUGAGUGUUACAUGAAACUUCAUUGUUUUAUUUUUUCAGCCAUGGUUAUUACCUUGCAUUGUUCUUAGUGUUCACUUGUAGUGUCAUGGCUGAGUGUGUGGCUGUGGUGAUCAUUUCUUUGACAUACGUUGUGAUGAUGACAAGGUUUGCUGUGCUUUUGCCAAAAGAUGAGUGACGUUGACCAUCUGGGAAGUGAGUUAGACGUCCAAUAAAUUUCCAGCAUGAAAAAAAAAAAUCUUGAAUGAAAAUUUUAGACAGAUAUUCUAAGGUGAAAAUAAGUCUCCUAACAAAAGAAAUCACUAUUUAUCUUAAGUUCUAUCCUGUAUGAAAUUAUAUUUCCCAGAAAUAAAGACACCCAAGAGAUGUUUAUUUAAGUAUAAGUGUAUGAUCACAGGAAACACAAUAGGGUGAGAAAUCUGAUAUGCAAUAUAUGUUGUUGGUUUAUAUGAGGUGUCUGUAGUCAAACUGUGCAGUAGAUAAACAAUUAUGAUGUCACUUCCUGUGGUGGUACAGUUACCCCUCACUGUAGAACUUUUUGUGAUGUACAUACCAUGAUAAUUUAUCUAAAAGUGAAUAAAAAAUAGUUCAUAUGGUA